UGUUCCAGCGAGACCAUUGAGCACCACUGCACCAGCCAUGUCCGACAUCAAGAAGAUCUUCGCCAAGGAUGCGAUGCCCCCGGCGGGACCUUACUCCCACGCCGUAGUCGCUGGCCCCAACAUCUACGUCUCGGGCUGCAUCCCCGCCGACGCGACCGGCGCCCUGGUCACCGGCUCCAUCGCCACGCAAACCCAAGCCUGCAUCGACAACAUCAAAGCCAUUCUCGCCGCCGCGGGAUCCGACAUCAGCCGCGUCGUCAAGGUCAAUGUCUUUCUGACCGAUAUGGCCGACUUUGCCGAAAUGAAUGGCGUGUAUGCGGAGGCUUUUGCGCACAAGCCCGCACGGAGUUGUGUCGCGGUGAAGCAGCUGCCCAAGGGCGUGCCGGUAGAGAUUGAGUGUGUGGCGUUCAACGGUUAGAUGUGUUGUCAUCUUCGAAUGAAGACCGUAUGACGCCUAGAGUGCGGGCAAUUUUGUACCAGGGAAAAGAGGAAAACGUUGUCCAUACCAAACGCGAAUGCAAUGCAAAACUCAG